UCUUCCUGGAUUGCUGCACAUAGAGCUUCUAUAAUUGUAUUUGCUUUUACCUUUAAUUAGAUUUCAGGUUAGUUAAUUGUGUUUAGGAUGGACAGCUUCCCUGCUGUCAACAAAUGUGCAUCCAUAGGCCGAGAAAAGCACACGGUGGUUGCUGAUAUGGAUGGGACCUUGCUUAUAGGCCGUAGCUCCUUCCCUUAUUUUGCUCUGAUCGCUUUCGAGGGCGGUGGUGUUUUUAGGCUUCUUUUCUUGCUCUUGGCUUCCCCAAUAGCAGGACUUCUCUAUUACUUUAUUUCGGAGUCUGCUGGUAUCCAAGUUCUUAUCUUUGCUUCAUUUGCUGGGAUGAAAGUCUCCAAUAUAGAGUCCGUGGCACGUGCUGUGCUGCCUAAGUUUUACUCUGGUGAUCUCCAGCCUGAGUCGUGGCGUGUGUUCUCUUCGUGUGGAAAACGCUGCGUUGUUACAGCGAAUCCCAGGAUUAUGGUGGAAGCUUUUUUGAAGGAUUUCUUGGGAGCCGAUUUGGUUUUGGGCACAGAGAUAUCAACUUAUAAAGGUAGAGCAACUGGGUUUGUUCGUAGCCCUGGGGUACUUGUGGGAAAGAACAAAGCAAACGCUCUCCGCAAGGCUUUUCCAGAUGCUCGGCCAGAUAUUGGGCUUGGCGACAGACAUACUGAUAUUCCCUUCAUGGCUUUGUGCGAGGAGGCCUACCACGUGCCAUCCAAGCCAGAAGUGAGGGCAAUAACCAGUGACAAGCUCCCAAAACCCAUCAUCUUCCACGAUGGUCGGCUAGUACAGAAGCCAACACCUUUAAUGGCACUAGUCAUCAUUCUUUGGAUUCCCAUAGGAUUUAUUAUAGCUUGCUUACGCAUUGCAGCAGGAGCACUACUGCCCAUGCCAAUGGUCUAUUAUGCUUUCUGGGCACUUGGCGUCCGUGUAACCGUAAAGGGCACCCCACCUCCCCCAGCUAAAAAAUCAAUCGGCCAAUCUGGUGUCCUAUUUGUUUGCUCCCACAGAACUCUUCUUGACCCAAUAUUUCUCUCUACUGCCCUUGGUCGCCCUAUUGCAGCAGUUACAUACUCAGUUUCUCGUCUCUCUGAAAUUAUUUCCCCCAUCAAAACGGUUAGGCUCAGUCGUGAUCGUGCCACUGAUGCAUCGAUGAUCAAGAAGUUGUUAGAAGGAGGUGACUUAGCAAUAUGCCCUGAGGGAACUACUUGCCGGGAACCAUUUCUUUUAAGGUUUUCAGCUUUGUUUGCUGAAUUAACAGAUCAAAUUGUGCCAGUGGCUAUGGUGAAUCGGAUGAGCAUGUUUCAUGGAACCACGGCUAGAGGGUGGAAAGGGAUGGAUCCAUUUUACUUCUUCAUGAACCCUAGCCCAGCAUAUGAAGUAACUUUUUUGAGCAAGUUGCCUGAGGAGCUAACAUGCGGUGCAGGGAAGACUAGCCAUGAGGUGGCUAAUUACAUACAGAGGGUGAUUGCAGCUACUCUUUCCUACGAGUGUACUACAUUUACCAGGAAAGAUAAGUACAAGGCACUCGCUGGGAACGAUGGUACCGUGGUUGAGAAAUCAAAGCUCCAACCCAACAAAGCAAUGGGUUGCUAAAUUCUUUUUUUUUUUUUUUUUUUUUUUUUUUUU